AUGGCAGACCCCAUCCAGAGAACCGCUUCUCCCUACACUGAUCCCUCAGUCAAAGGCCCCAAGUCGCAACAGCUCUCCUCCGGACUCUCCCGGUCUCUACUGCAAAACAACAAGAUGAUUGACAACAACAAGGUCAACAAGACCGCUCUUCACCCUGGCGGAGUUGAGCCUCACCAGGAGAGAGAACACACGGAACUUGAGGAGGAGCUGCACGAGAAGGCUCACAUCGACUACGACAGAGUUGCUAUUAUCCCCAACCCCUCCGUCGCCGCGUUAUACGAAGAUGCUCUUGUAUACGAGAUGGGCUCGGCCAUCGCAUCGAGCGGCGCAUUAACGGCGUACUCGGGCGCGAAGACCGGUCGUUCGCCUUCGGACAAGAGAAUCGUCCAGGAGCCGUCGUCAGAAAAGGAUAUCUGGUGGGGACCAGUCAACAAGCCAAUGGCUCCUGAGGUUUGGAAGAUCAACCGCGAACGAGCCGUGGACUACCUCAACACCCGCACCAGAAUCUACGUUGUCGACGGCUACGCCGGCUGGGACGAGAAGUACAGAAUCCGGGUCCGAGUCAUCUGUGCCCGUGCCUACCAUGCCUUGUUCAUGAGGAACAUGCUCAUCCGCCCUCCCCGCGAGGAGCUCGAGCACUUCCACCCCGACUACACCAUCUACAAUGCCGGCACUUUCCCCGCCAACCGGUUCACCGAGGGCAUGACCUCGGGUACUUCGGUCGCCAUUAACUUUGCUGAGAAGGAGAUGGUCAUCCUCGGUACCGAGUACGCCGGCGAGAUGAAGAAGGGCGUCUUCACCGUACUGUUCUACGAGAUGCCCAUCAAGCACAAUGUCUUGACCCUUCACUCCUCGGCCAACGAGGGCAAGAACGGCGAUGUGACGCUGUUCUUCGGUCUGUCAGGUACCGGCAAGACCACCCUGUCUGCCGAUCCCAACCGAGCUCUGAUUGGUGACGACGAGCACUGCUGGAGUGACCGAGGCGUCUUCAACAUCGAAGGCGGCUGCUACGCCAAGACGAUUGGUCUUUCGGCCGAGAAGGAACCGGAUAUAUUCGGUGCCAUCCGCUUUGGUUCCGUCCUUGAAAACGUCGUCUUUGACCAGGACACCAGAGUCGUCGACUACGACAAUUCCACCCUCACGGAAAACACCAGAUGCGCAUACCCUAUCGAAUACAUUGACAAUGCGAAGAUUCCUUGCCUGUCAGAAAACCACCCUAGCAACAUCAUCCUGUUGACUUGUGAUGCUCGUGGUGUCCUGCCGCCCAUCUCCAAGCUGAACAGCGCUCAGACCAUGUUCCACUUCAUCUCGGGCUACACCUCCAAGAUGGCUGGUACCGAGGACGGUAUCACCGAGCCCCAGGCUACCUUCUCAUCUUGCUUCGCACAGCCCUUCCUGGCUCUUCACCCCAUGCGGUACGCCAAGAUGCUGGCUGACAAGAUCGAGCACCACUCUGCCAACGCCUGGUUGUUGAACACGGGCUGGGUCGGCGCCGGCUACGUUCACGGCGGCAAGCGCUGCCCUCUGAAGUACACGCGUGCCAUUCUCGAUGCGAUCCACUCGGGCGAGCUUGCCAAGGUGGAAUACGAGACGUACGACGUAUUCAACCUGGACGUGCCCAAGUCGUGUCCAGGUGUGCCUGCCGAGUUGCUCAACCCCAAGACCGCUUGGACGGCAGGGAAUGACAGCUUCAACCAGGAGGUGAAGAAGCUUGGCGGGCUCUUCAUUGAGAACUUCAAGAAGUACGAGGACGAAGCGACGGAGGAGGUCAGGAAGGCUGGGCCGGUUGUUUAA